CGUGGUUAGACGUGGUGCGUAAGAAAGUGCAAAACAUGCUAAACAAAGCACAAAAGCUAGUGCUCGGAAUAGUGUUACUGGUGCUGGUCGAUAUUAUAUGGGUUUCGUCAAGCGAACUAACCAAGUUCUUGUACGAAAAUGAAAACUACGACAAACCAUUCUUCUGCACCUACUUCAAAGCGUCAAUGUUCACCAUAUACUUGAUAGUGCUCGGGUUGAUAGCGCCAUGGAAGGAAAGCUGCACCAGAAAUGGGAACUACUCGCUGAUGGAUACGAUCGAAGAGGACGAAGGAUACUACGCCAAUGGGACGUCUAGUUUGAGUGAUUCCUCGUUCGUACCCAUCAAAACGGACUCGCAAGUGUCCGGCACGGAAAGCGAUGAUUCUAGCAUACGCAGCGUUCGCUUCAGCAAGGUGGCCGAAGUGCGUGAGAUGUCCCCGCACGAAGCGUCCGAAGCGCUAAUGUCGCGCCUUUCGUAUGCCGCCAGUCUGCGGGUUCAUCGUCAAAAAUCACACCACAAAACAGCCCGUACUGCUUUACUGUUUUGCGUGCUGUGGUUCAUUGCCAACUAUAUGUUCCAGCUGGCUCUGGAACCGAGUGAAACGGCAAUGGUAACGCUGCUCAGUUCUAGCUCGAGCUUUUUCACCCUCAUCCUUGCCGCCAUGUUUCCGUCGUCGUGUGGCGAUAAAUUUACCUUCUCAAAGUGUUUUGCCGUCCUGCUGAGCAUGUCUGGAGCGGUGAUGGUUUCGCUGUCGGAAAUUGAUGAACCGAAAAUGUCACGCGGGAUCGUGCUCGCCCUGCUGAGUGCAUUCUUCUACGCGUCCUAUCUGGUGCUAGUCAAGCGUAAAAGCGACACAGAAGAAAAGAUAAGCAUUCCACUGUUCUUUGGCUUUGUGGGGCUGUGGAAUCUCUUACUAUUGUGGCCAUUGCUGUUUGUGCUAAACUUUUCACAGCUCGAAGUAUUUGAGCUACCGUCGCGAAGACAAUUUAUUGUCCUUUUUGUCAACGGGCUCGUCGGUACGGUGCUGUCGGAAGCUUUGUGGCUCUGGGGUUGUUUUCUAACGUCAUCGCUUAUCGGUACAGUGGCAAUAUCACUCCAGAUCCCGCUAGCAAUGCUGUUCGAUAUGGUGCUACACGGCAAAACUUAUCCGCUCCUAUUCUAUCUCGGCUCACUGCCCAUGUUCCUUUCGCUCGUGCUAGUCGCAUUUCUGGUAAAGUUCGACGACUGUGAUCCACUGCUUAAGUUUGGCAAACUCAUGUACCGACGGUUGUGGAACUGUCGGAAGGCGAACGUCGUACGAAUACCGGACCUAGAGGAGCAGCACGAAUCUCUCAUCGAUGGUAGUCACGAAAAUUAG